UCUUCCCUCACCCUUUCUUUCCGUGCGUGUGGAAUAGGCGAAGACCAUGAAAUUUCUCGUGCUACUCGUAGCUCUGCUCUUGGUGAGCCUCUCGCAGGCUGCCCUGAGAGUGCCAUUGCACAAGUUCAGGACUGUCAGGAAUUCUUUAAAAGAUAUUGGCAUUUCUGCUGAAGAUCUACGGAAGAAAGCACACCUAGACUUGAAGCACAAGUACUCAGGGGAGUAUGGUGGUCCAGAGCCUCUUUCCAACUAUCUUGAUGCUCAAUACUAUGGAGAAAUCUCAAUUGGAACUCCUCCACAGCCUUUCAAAGUGGUCUUUGACACUGGUUCUUCCAAUUUGUGGGUACCCUCUAAAAAGUGCCCUCUGAGUGAUGUCGCAUGUUUGUUGCACAACAAGUAUGACAGCACCAAAUCUAGCACUUAUGAGAAAAAUGGCACCAGCUUUUCGAUUCAAUAUGGCAGUGGAAGUAUGAAAGGAUUUCUCAGCACUGAUACCGUAGAGAUUGCUGGCUUAAGUGUGAAACACCAAACAUUUGCUGAAGCCAUGAGUGAACCAGGAUUAGCCUUUGUUGCAGCAAAAUUUGAUGGAAUCCUUGGUAUGGCCUAUGACACAAUAUCUGUGGAUGGUGUAGUUCCAGUUUUCUAUGAUAUGGUUCAGCAAGGCCUUGUGCAGAAACCAGUUUUCUCAUUUUAUCUGAACAGGGAUCCAUCUGCUACACCUGGAGGGGAACUGAUCUUUGGUGGUUCUGACCCCAAGUAUUAUACAGGCGACUUUACCUAUAUUCCUGUCUCUAAGAAGGGAUACUGGCAAUUCAAGAUGGACAGCGUGCUUGUGAAUGGAGAAUCAAGCUUUUGCCAGGGUGGCUGUCAGGCCAUUGCUGACACUGGUACCUCACUUAUUGGCGGACCUACUGCUGAAGUCGAGAAGUUAAAUAAAAUGAUUGGUGCCAGUCCAAUAGUUGGUGGCGAGUACAUAAUUGAUUGCGGCAAGAUUGACUCUCUCCCUCCAAUUGACUUCGUCCUUGGUGGCAAGAAAUUCACACUGACUGGAAAAGACUAUGUUCUCAAGGUGACGGUCAUGGGCCAAACUGAGUGUCUCAGUGGCUUCCUUGGUAUUGACGUCCCUGUUGGCCCCCUGUGGAUCUUGGGAGAUGUAUUCAUUGGCCCAUAUUAUACUGAGUUUGACCUGGGAAACAAUCGUGUUGGUUUUGCCAAGACUAAGUGAGCCAUUUGUGAGGACACCUCAGCCACUGACGCCUAUGCACACAUCGUUUUGUUUUAACACGUGAAGAAACCUUCUCAAAAAAAUUUAAAUCAGUGUGAAACUUUUUUGUUAACUGGAUGGUUGCUUUGAAAGCCUAUUUUUAGAAACUUUUGUAAUCUUGAACAGAGUGUUUACAAUGCUUUUAUCACGUUGUUUACAAUGUAGUCCUGUGAAUUUUUGAUAAAUGAUUUAUAGAUGAGUAGUGAUAAAUGAAUGAAUUUAGGAAAAAAA